UUUUUGAAAGGGGCUAUUUUGACAACCCAAAGUCUUAGUUUUCCUCUAAAAAUAACUGCAGGUCUUGGCCUGCGUCCCAGUGGCGUCAAAUGCCUUUUUUAUCCUCUAAAGAAUCAUCUAAAGAAAUUCUUUCUCCACCACCCUCUAGUUUAUUCUCUAAUGCACGAACUGAAGGAUUUGACUGUGGCGAUGAGAUUGGUAAAGCAUUUGAUGAAUUUCUUGAAGUUGGAGAUAAAAGAGCCUUACGUUUAAUUUGGUAA